AUGGGUUGUGGUGCUAGCCGGAAGGUGGUCCCGGGGCCAUCCACGCUGGCCUGGGUCACGCAGGAAGGUCAAAGUCAAUACCACUUAGGAGGCCCGCGGCCAGAGGCCCUGGCUGAGGCGGCUCAGAGGAUGCAGGUGGCCCGCUUCCAUGCCAAGUUCGACCCCAGGGUUCUCGCCAGAUAUGACAUCAAGGCUCUCAUUGGGACAGGCAGCUUCAGCAAAGUUGUCAGGGUGGAGCAGAAGAGCACCAAGAAACCUUUUGCAAUAAAAGUGAUGGAAACCAGAGUGAGGGAAGGCAGAGAAGCCUGCCAAUCUGAGCUCAGCGUCUUAAGGCGGGUUAGCCAUCGCUACAUCAUCCAGCUCGUGGAGAUCUUUGAGGCCCAGGCCAGAGUUUACGUGGUGAUGGAGCUGGCUACGGGAGGGGAGCUCUUUGACCGACUCAUCACCCAGGGCUCCUUUACAGAGCAGGAUGCUGUCAGAAUCCUCCAGAUGGUAGUUGAUGGCGUCGGCUAUUUGCAUGCAUUACGAAUAACUCACAGGGACCUAAAGCCUGAAAAUCUCUUAUAUUAUCAUCCAGGUGCAGAAUCAAAAAUCUUAAUCACAGAUUUUGCCUUGGCACACUCUGGGAAUAAAAGUGGCGACUGGACAAUGAGGACACUCUGUGGAACCCCAGAGUACAUAGCCCCUGAGGUUUUGUUAAGGAAACAUUAUACCAGUGCGGUGGACAUGUGGGCACUUGGUGUGAUCACCUACGUUUUGCUUAGUGGAUUCCUUCCUUUUGAUGAUGACAAUCAUACAAGACUUUACAGGAAGAUACUGAAAGGCAAAUAUAAUUAUACAGGAGAGCCUUGGCCAAAUAUUUCACAUUUGGCAAAGGACUUUAUAGACAAACUACUGAUUCUGGAAGCGAGUCACCGCAUGUCAGCUGAGCAGGCCCUGGAUCAUCCCUGGGUGGUGACCAUGGCGGCAGGCUCUUCCAGGAAGAAUCUUCAGAGGGUCAUUUCUCAGAACCUCACGAAGAGGGCAUCUCCCCACUCUCAGAGUCCUGGAUCUGCACAGUCUUCUAAGUCAUGUUCUUAUCACAAAGCAAGGAAUACAUGGAACAAGAAAAACUUCAGGAUAGAAGAAUCACCACUCUCUGCACUUUUGUGAGCAGACAAACUUUAAAGCCACU